CUUUACUCCGCCGUUUCAUACAGAGGAAGAGAGACUGAGAGGACUUCAGCAACUACAGACACGCUGAGAAACUCCGGCGCAACUAUGUGAUUGGGACAGAAAUCAAAGGGAACAAAGCACGUGGGGCCCAGCUGAAUCCUGCAUCCUCGGACUGAAUCACAGAAAGGAGGUCAGUGUGAUGAACAGCAUGCUUCCUCAGAGGAGCACUGUCGCCACACUGGGCUACGGCUCAGACUGUGUGAAGAUAGAUCACAGCAGCAGUGGCUCAGUGGGUGGGACGAUGCUGAGGGGCUCUCGCUCUAAGGCAGAGCUGCAGGACCUGAUGGAGACACUGCAGCGCAGGAAGAGCGCUCUGGAGGCCAGCUUGAGGGCAGCCGAGUGCAGCCGCAAGUACCUCAGCGUGUCCCCACCUGUUGGAUCCCAGUCCAGCAGGCCGCUGUCAAUCCUCAGCAACACUGAUCGGCCUCCGUCUGCCUCCAGGACUUUUUCCUACAUGACCAGCAGCAGCGUGCCUCCAUCACCUCGCCAAGGUGAACGCCAGCUGAGCUCUAACGGCUUGCUCCGUCAUUCACACUCUCGCCAUCAGUCACAAGACAGUCUGCUCCUCUCUAACGCAGCAGAGGGAAGCUCUCUCCUCUCCUCUUAUGUACCUCGUUCUCCCAGGGUGAAAAGUGGAGCAGCCAGUGUGCCGUCCAGCCCUCGCAUGGGCCGCAGGCUCUACUCUCAGGGCAAAACUGGAGGAGACUCCCGGCAGAGGAAAUACUCCACUGGCUCUCUCAACAGCCUGGGGAUGCACAGCCGCUCUCUGCCGCGGCUUCACAACGCAGCAGACCCCCCCGCUCUGUCGCUACCGUUGCGACACCCGGUGGGUUCCCACAGAGGAGCGGGAUCAGCAGGGCAGCGGCGCAGUCUCUCCUCCCUGGAGCAGCCGCCAGAUGUGACAGUACCAGCCAGCAUGCCCAGCACUCCCAGAAGGGCCAGCCUGGCCUCUUUAAGCUCUCUGGGUGUAGAGAUGGACGAUCUAGGGUUCGGAGAAAGAAGAUUGUCCUUUGGGAAAGGCGGUCUGAGUCCAGGACAAAGGGUGGGCAGCAUCAGUUCUCUGAAUGGUAAAGAGGAGCUGAGAGACUAUCACCAGCACCAAAGAGAUGAACGACUCAGGGAGCAGAAAGUGCAAAGAUUGGAGUGCCAGCGUCUAGAGACCAUCCUAAACCUGUGCACUGAGUUUGGCCAUGUGGAGAGAGAGCCGGCAGGCUCGGCUGUUUCUGACCUGCAGAAGAUCAAUAAAGAGUUGGAGAAGCUGCAGGUGUCAGACGAUGAGUCGGUGUUCUCCGACUCUCCCAGCAGCACUGCUCAGGAGAGCUGCUUCGGUGCCAAAGCCAGAGACUUUCAGCUCGCUGAGGAGCAGCAGGUCAGCCAGCGUCAGCAGAGCAGCUACAGAGAGGCCAGAUCCCACUCACCUGCUAUCAGCCUGAACAGCAGUGCCCCCUCACCCUCCACCCACCACAGAGUCAAAGCCUUGGAGAGCGUGCAGCUGAAACAGGAAGUAACGCACAUAGAAGAAGAGAGGAUUCAAGUUCUGAACAACAUAGAGGAGCUGGAGCAGAAGGUCAAAGACCUGGACAACCAGAUGGAGGAGUCUGUCCGAGAGAUGGAGGUGGAGUGCGCUCUGCUGGAAGGAGAACAGGAGUCGGAGGUGGCCCAGCUGCAGAGGGAAAAGGAGCUUCUGGAACAACUUAAAGAAAAGAUUCAUAGUAUUGAGAAGACGAGCCACACUGAGAAGUCACAGCACGAGGUUGAGGAGCAGACAAAAAGUUUGGAGGAUUUGGAGUUUCAGAAGCUGGAGAGAGAAAUUAAUCAGGAUGAGGAAAAAGAGAGUCAGAGCCAGGAGCUGCUGCGAGAGAUCGCCGAGUGUCAGCGUCUAACAGUCACACGCAAGGAAAGAAUCAUGACCUUGAAGAAGCAGUCCUCACAGAUUACCUUACAGGCUCAGCAAGACAGAGAGAAUUUCCAGAGAGAGAAAAACAAUUUGCUCAUCAUGCUUCAAAAGGAGAGAGAGAAACUGGCGUCUUUGGAGGGAAAGUAUGCAGAGUUAUCUGAAGGGCAGACCUUCACUAACAACCCUGUAGCCAUUAAAGAGCACUUGCACUCUCUUAAGGAAAGGAGAAGAAGUGGUGGUAAAGAAAACUCCUCCCACCCAAGUGACAGCCUACCUCAUAAGAGAAGCCAGCAGCUCCUCACUUCUUACGGCAGAUCGCUGGGACGCACACUUCCUCCCAAGGCCCACUUGCCUCUGUCCCAAAGCUCCAGCUGUGGCAGUGUGAUCCCACAAGGCUUCAGCUUCUCCCCCCGGGACCUGAGCACGCGCCGCCUGCCCAAAACAGGCAACAGCCAUGCACACAUGAAUGAAGACAGACAGAGAAGGAGUGAUUUUUGUAGCAGGAUGGUGUCAGAGCCCAGCGUGUUCCUGGACUCCUUCUCCUACCCAGACAACAGCCAGGCCUCAGAUACAGUCAGCGUGGACAGUUCUGACAGCCUGGAGACCAGCUUCUCCGCCUGCUCCCCAGACAACAUCUCCAGUGCCAGUACGUCUAAUAUGGCGAAGAUCGAGGAGAUGGAGCGUUUACUCCGAGAGGCCCAGGCUGAGAAGCACAGGCUUCUGGAGCAUCGGGAGCGUGAGAUGGAGAUGCGCAGGCAAGCUCUGGAAGAGGAGCGAAGAAGAAGAGAGGAACUGGAGAAACGACUGCAGGAGGAGACGAGCAGGAGACAGAAACUUGUAGAGCGAGAGGUGAAGCUCAGGGAGAAACAAAGAUCACAGUCCCGGCUGUUGACUCGCUACCUCCCUGUAAGGAAAGAUGACUUUGAUCUUCACGGUCAUAUUGAGGCAGCUGGACACAACCCAGAUGCUUGCUUCCAUCUGGCCAUCACUGAUAAAACCUGUCGAGGCUUUCUGGUCAAAAUGGGCGGCAAGAUCAAGACCUGGAAGAAACGCUGGUUUGUCUUUGACCAGAAUCGCAGGACACUCACCUACUAUGCAGACAAACAUGAGACCAAGAUGAAAGGAGUCAUUUACUUCCAAGCCAUAGAGGAGGUGUACUAUGACCAUUUAAAGAACGCACACAAAAGCCCCAACCCGUCGCUGACGUUCAGUUUGAAGACGCACGAUCGCGUGUACUACAUGGUGGCUCCGUCGCCUGAGGCAAUGCGUAUCUGGAUGGAUGUUAUGGUCACAGGUGCCGAAGGACAUAUGCAUUUCAUGGUGUAACUGAUCCCAUCAGAUCAGGGUCCACACCGUAAGGUUUUAUUGGUAAACUCUGUGUCACGUGGGAAUGUUUGUGUUACUCUGCUUGUAUCAGCGUAACAGCAAACACGUCCUGUGCAGCGUAGAGAUCGAUGUUCAUCAGGUCAACAAAAAAACUUGUGUUUACACUUGUAUUAAUUGUAGCCUAUAACUCUUGCUCAGAAGCACACGUUAUAAUUUAAUCAUGUAUAACAGAGCAAAAGAAUUGAUAUACAGGUUUCAUAAUUAAGCUAUUUAGUUAUUUUUUGGUUGUUUAUAUGCCAUGUCACUAAGUCUUGCACAACCUCAGUUACAGUUUCAAACUUUUUCCUUCCUUAAACAAAAUCUUUGUUUAUCUCAUUCUCUCAUUGUUAUGUAUGGCUUUUUUCAUCCAAAACUAGAUCAGGGAAUAUUCUUCACCACCAGAUAUGCAACAACUGCUACUCUUCUAAACUGUGGUACAUACUGAUGCUGCUUAUUUAUAACAUGCAUAUCUGCUAAACAGCUAAACUAGUUCAGGGGUCAGCAAUCUUUACUAUCAAAAGAGCCAUUUUUGGCCAAAAAAAGCUACAAAACAUUUUUUAUACUGCUAUUGUGGUUAAGUAAAAUUUAAAGGAAAAGAUGCCAUGCUGUAGAUGUCUGACACACAUUUUAGUAGACAAAAUGUCAAUGCAUUUCUGUAUUUGGUAUAUAGACUACACAUUUUUACAGUUGGGGAAUGUAAGAAUACAGUAGAAAUUAAAAAAUUUAUUGUUAAAAAAAUAAUUCAUUAAUUCCCAUAUAAUUGUUGUUAGAGCCACAUGGAGCCACUGUCGAAGGGCUAGAGUGCAAUCUGCGGCUCAGCCUUUAGUAAUGUACAGAUCCAAAAUGUUGCAACGGAAGUUUAAGUUAAGUAUGUCGUCCUCUGUUACUUUACCGCCUUCUUCUUCCCUCCUCUACUUCUGGUUGGACAUCUGGCUGUGACAGUGAGUCAUAACGUCUUUGCAAUCCCUUUUAACAUCAUGCAGUCUCUCUUUGUGUUUGCAAGAAUGCACAUUUUUUUAUUUUAACUCAGAUUUAUUGUUUCUUUAUAUUAUCACUAAUAUUCAGAUGUAAGUAGUGUGUGUAUUCACAUUUUAAACUCAAGCAUUUUAUUGCUGCUGCCAGACUACAAGCAUAAGCUGGUCUUGUCUGCUUCUUUAAAGCAGGGCUGAAUGUUGGCCAUUAGUAUUACUUUAUACCACAUACAUGUUUCUUUGCAUCACUUUCAUUCCAAUGAAGAAGAGAUGAUUUCAGGCACUUUUUAGGUUUACUUUUUUUUAUAAUUAGUAGUAAUUGUUGGUUUAUAUUCCACUCAUAAGAGUAGUUAAUCUGCCCAAAUCACAAUGGUACUGUGUCAUGCUGACCACUGAGCAGCUAGUUGCCUCUAUCAGGCCUCAGGCCUGAUGUGUUGAAGCCAUGCUGUGCAGCAGUGAUGCUGUAUGCACUGCGUCACCCGCAUGUUACUCUAAAGCAUUCUGUUUUUUCACCAGCAGAGGUCCUCGGUGCAGAGUUAUUGUGCUGAAAUGACGUAAUGCCAAAUGCCAGCAGGUCCAAUCAUACAUAUUUUUUAAAGGCUUAUAUAUCAAAUAUUUGCAUUUAUAAGCACAUGCA